AUGAAGUUUUUGUGUCUGCCAGGCGCGUACGGAAGUAUUGAGAAAUUCAAGGUCCAGCUCGCGCCGUUGGUCAAGGAACUCGAGAGUGACAAAUCCGCCACUUUUCACUUCAUUCAAGGCCCAUAUGAGGUGGCACCGCCCGCAGGCUACGAAGACUAUUUUGGAGGACCUCCAUACCACCGAUUCAUUGUUCCUUCCGAUGCCGAUGUUGACGCUACCGAUGUCAUUGAGCGUAUACGCGAUUUCCCGCAGCUGGAGACACCGGAAAUGACCAUGCGUGAGCUCAUGACGUAUGGAGUGGCUAAGACAGACGACAGUGCCAGGCACACUUUAGACUUUCUUUACGAAAUAAUGGAAAAAGAAGGUCCUUUUGAUGGGAUCAUGGGUUACUCCGAGGGUGCGACCAUCGCCGGUACCCUUCUGCUCCACGAACAGAUGCGAGAAGAGCUUGAAGGCAGACUACCCAUGUUCAAAUGCGCCCUGUUCUUUGGAGGCUGGCCACCUAUGACACCCACAUUGGACGGACUUGUGCUCGCAGACGAUAGUGACCUGAUGAUCGAAAUCCCCACGACUCACAUUAUCGGUUCCUUGGACCCGUACCUCCACGGGAAUAUCGCACUUUACAACGUGUGCGAUCCGGAUACAGCUUUCAUCUUCGAUCAUGCAAAAGGACAUACGUUGCCUCGAGACAAGCAUAUGGUCAAGGAGCUAGGAGAUACAGUACGCCGUAUGAUCGAGGAGGUUAGGGGUACUGCUUCACCUUCGUAA